CUGAGGCCCGAAUAUGAGCGCAAGAUAGUGCCUAAAAGAGUCGCAGGAAGAGGCCCCAUUCCCUCACUCUUUCCGUCGCAAUGGAAGUCUCCAGUUUUGCCCCACAGCAUGGAACCACAGGUUACUCUAAAUGUGACUUUUAAAAAUGAAACUCAAAGCUUUCUAGUUUCUGAUCCAGAAAAUACAACUUGGGCUGAUGUGGAAGCUAUGGUAAAAGUUUCAUUUGAUUUGAACACUAUUCAAAUAAAAUACCUGGAUGAGGAAAAUGAAGAGGUAUCCAUCAACAGUCAAGGAGAAUAUGAAGAAGCACUUAAGAUGGCAGUUAAGCAGGGAAACCAACUGCAGAUGCAAGUCCAUGAAGGCUAUCGUGUUGUCUACGAAGCCCCACCCCCAGUUGGAGCAGGAAAACGACCAGUUGCAAGGACAGGGAAGAAGCCACUUGCACAUUAUUCUUCACUGGUGAGAGUCUUGGGAUCAGACAUGAAGACCCCAGAGGAGCCUGAAGCACAGCAGUUACCACCUGCUCCACGUGACGCAGACCAGCCUCAAGACAAGCCCCCAGACUGGUUCACAAGCUACCUAGAGACAUUUAGAGAGCAAGUGGUUAAAGAAACGGUUGAGAAGCUUGAACAGAAAUUACGUGAGAAGCUUAUCCUCCAGAAUCCAUCCUUGGGUUCCUGUCCUUCAGAAGUCUCAAUGCCUAUUUCAGAGGAAACACUGUUUUUGCCAGAAAACCAGUUCAACUGGCAUAUUGCUUGCAGCAGCUGCCAAAGAAGGAUUGUUGGUGUGCGCUACCAGUGCAGCCUCUGCCCAUCCUACAAUAUUUGUGAAGAUUGUGAAUCGGGGCCAUAUGCCCAUGAUUCCAACCAUGUCCUGCUGAAGUUGCGGAGACCUGUUGUGGUUUCCUCUGAACCCUUCUCUCACUCGAGGUUCUCUACUCCUCGUCUUCCUGCUGCUCUGGAACAGGCCAGGCUCCAGAAACAGGUUGACAAGAACUUUCUUAAAGCAGAAAAGCAAAGGUUGCGAGCUGAGAAGAAACAGCGUAAAGCAGAGGUCAAAGAACUUAAAAAGCAGCUUAAACUCCACAGGAAGAUUCAUCUGUGGAAUUCGAUCCAUGGGCUCCAGAGCCCCAAGUCUCCUUUGGGCCGACCCGAGAGCCUGCUGCAGUCUAACACCCCAAUGCUCCCUUUGCAGCCCUGUGCCUCAGUUAUGCCAACCCUCAGUGCAGCAUUUGUAGAUGAGAAUUUGCCUGACGGGACUCACCUGCAGCCAGGAACCAAGUUUAUCAAACACUGGAGGAUGAAAAAUACAGGAAAUGUAAAGUGGAGUACAGACACAAAGCUCAAGUUCAUGUGGGGAAACCUGACUUUGGCUUCUACAGAAAAGAAGGAUGUUUUGGUUCCCUGCCUAAAGGCUGGCCAUGUGGGAGUUGUGUCUGUGGAGUUCAUUGCCCCAACCCUGGAG